CAUGCCGGCCCCAAGGACGGCCCCAGCCGCUGCCACGACACAUCACACGUGGACAGGCAAUGCGCACGUAUGCCUCGCAACCAGGUCCACAUGGCAGCUAGAGGGAUGACACGGGCUGUUUCGGCUGCUGUCAGCGAGCUCCGGUCGCUGACAAGCGGAAGGCUCAGCUGAUGAGAGCCUAGGCUCAGUGAAGGGGUCUGCGGGCUUAGCGCGCUGAGUCGCCCGCCCAGCCGGAUAGCCGAUGAACCCGGCAACUCAGCGCGCUGAGCGGUUUGCUCAUCAAGGUUAGCUAUGCAGGGAUUCCGCUAAAAAAUGCAGCCCUACCCGCCGUACAGGAGUCGCGCCGGAAGUUGGGCAGCUGAGCGAGCGGGAGCUGGCAGCUGCAUUCUUGCCGCCGAGCUGCUUGCCGUCAACAUGAGCUGCUCCGGACCCCACCAUUUAGGUCCAGAGCACUUGAUCGGCUAUGACAAACUUUGCUUUCCAUACAAGCCGGGCCGGAAUUAUAUUAUUAGCCCCCUCGGUCACCUGGUGGUGGUGGUGGUGGUGGUGGUGGUGGUGGUGGUGGUGGUGGUGGUGGUGGUGGUGGUGGUGGUGGUGGUGGUGGUGGUGGUGGUGGUGGUGGUGGUGGUGGUGGUGGUGGUGGUGGUGGUGGUGGUGGUGGUGGUGGUGGUGGUGGUGGUGGUGGUGGUGGUGGUGGUGGUGGUGGUGGUGGUGGUGGUGGUGGUGGUGGUGGUGGUGGUCACUGAAUAGCAACCAAGGGUAGUGGCUAAGGCGACUGGCGACUAGGGCUGACAAGCCCCUGGAUGGUGCUAGUACUUGUACGCCUGCUUCUGCACCUCUUCGCUGUUCCACAAAAGUCUCAGGAGGCAUCUGAGAAUCUUGUGAACAAGUCGGCACCAGCGCCAGCGCCGAGCUCAUCAUCGCCUCAUUCUGCGACAACACGGGCGCGGGGCGGGCUACUCGUGUCAAGUGUUGCGUCUGCAAGCCUUUGAGCGUGAAGCGGUGUACGUGGGUUUCACUUGUGCAGGUGUACAUGUUGCAGGGUAGGGCAGGGUGUUGUGCGUGGGAACAUGGGGAGGCAACGGUCAUGCCGACCACGCGGAGUUGAACCUUUGUGGCGGGAAGCAGUAGGAAAGUUUCUAUAU